AUGUCAGACACGGUGAAAACAUCACAGGUGAAGCUCGCUGAGUCGACGCAAUCGGUGCCCACGAGCACGGCGGCCCAGCAAAGCGACAAUGUCGCGCAUGCGCUUGCCGGCGCGGGCGGAGGUCUGCUGUCGAUGGCCUUGACAUACCCCCUAAUCACGCUCUCCACACGCGCCCAAGUCGAGUCCAAACGCGCGCAAUCCUCCACCCUCAACGCCGCCCGCCGCAUCAUCAAGCGCGAGGGCGUCGCCGGCCUCUACGCCGGCCUCGACUCCGCCCUCUUCGGCAUCAGCGUCACAAACUUCGUCUACUACUACUGGUACGAAUGGACGCGCGCCUUCUUCGAGAACGCCGCGCUCAAGGCCGGCCGCGCAUCAAAGAAGCUCACAACCGUGGAGUCCAUGAUCGCAGGCGCCCUCGCCGGCAGCGCAACCGUCCUCAUCACAAACCCCAUCUGGGUCAUCAACACGCGCAUGACGGCGCGCAAGUCCGAGAGCGAUGAGCCCGCGCUGCCCGGCGCGAAACCCGCAAAGGCACCGAGCACGCUGGGCACGCUGCUCGCGCUGCUCAAGGAAGAAGGCCCCGCCCGCCUCUUCGCAGGCGUCAUGCCCGCCCUCGUCCUCGUCAUCAACCCCAUCCUCCAAUACACCGUCUUCGAGCAGCUGAAGAAUCGCCUCGCUCAGCGCCGCCGCGUCACGCCCACCGACGCCUUCUACCUCGGCGCCCUCGGCAAGCUGCUCGCCACGUCCAUCACCUACCCGUACAUCACGGUCAAGUCGCGCAUGCACGUUGCGGGCAAGGAUGGGCCGAAGGAGAACAUGAUCACGACGUUUAGGCGGAUCAUUAGCGAGGAGGGAUAUGCGGGGCUGUAUGGCGGGAUUGGGCCCAAGGUUACGCAGAGUGUGAUUACCGCGGCUUUUCUGUUUGCGUUUAAGGAUGCGUUGUAUGCGUAUACCGUGCAGGCGAGGAAGAAGAUUGCGGCGAGGAAGGUGUAG